CCUCGUGACGUCACCAGCUCCUUGCACGGAUCAAAACAUGGCGGCUGCCAUGGAGCUGAGAUGCUGGGGAGGAGACUGGGGUUUGCCUUCUGUCCACACCGAAUCUCUGAUAGUUCUGGCAUAUGCCAAGUUUUCUGGGGCAAAAGUCACGGUUUCUCCUAUAGACUGGACAUGGAAAACUCUAACAGCCACAGUCCCAGAGUUGCUAUGUGGAGACUCUGCAGUUCAGGAACCAGCACAGAUUCUCAACUUCCUGAGGAAACGGAGGUUUAAUGCAGACUAUGAACUGACAGCCAGACAAGGAGCAGACACCAUGGCAUACAUCGCUCUGCUUGAAGAGAAACUACUUCCAGCUCUGUUGCACACUUUCUGGGUGGAUGCAGAAAACUACGCCAAUCUGACACGGCCAUGGUUUGCCUCACGCUCGCCAUUCCCUCUUAACUUUCUCGUCCCUAGUCGCCAUGCCAACACUGCCCUCUCCCGUAUCCUUCUAACCAAAGGAGAGGCGCCGCUACACAGAAUCACAGAGGUGGAGGGAAAGAUCUACAGCGAUGCUAAAGAGUGCCUGAAUCUCCUCUCCUACAGACUGGGAACUGCAAACUACUUUUUUGGCAACUCGCCGACCAGUCUGGACGCCUUCGUGUUUGGUUUUGUGGCUCCACUUUACAAAGCCAGUCUCCCAAGUAGCCCUCUGCAGAGUCACCUCAGACAGCUGGAUAACUUCACAAGCUUCUGUGACAACAUCCUCGCAGUCUACUUCAGCUCAGACCAACCUUGUCCUCCCCCACCUGUUCAGGAAAGAAUGGAUGCCAACCUCCAGAAACUAACUCAGCUUGUAAACAAAGAGUCCAACAUGAUCGAGAAGGUGCUUCUGCUUUCCUUUUAUCGUCUCUUUGCUUGGGUUCAUGGUUGCAUUUGGCAGAUGGAUGACAACCUUCGCAGCAGCCCUCAGCACAAACCCCACAGACCAGAGCCCAAACACAGUCUGGCCAGUGAGAAGAGCUCUACUCCUGCCUAAGCCCUGACUUGUCAACCCUGGUCCAGCUUUAUGAAUGGAGGAGGAACCGCCUGUAGAUGUGCAGUUCUGAAUCUGACAUCAAAAACAUUUCAUCCAGCUGAACUAUAGUUUGAAUGAAAAAUAACUUUAAUAAUAAUAAAGGGAAGUAUGACUACAUAAUUUUUAAAGAGAAAAAUAAUGAUGAUAGAUUUCAAAGAUGUUGGUCUGAAAGAAAAGGGAAAGUGCAUGUGUGAGGUUUUUAAAGAGGUUGAGCGCAUGUAUGUGGUUAUGGAUGGAAUGUUUGAUGCAAAAGACACAAAGUGAAAUGGAAAGCUGAAGGAAAUGAAAGUUCCCCAUGCACACAUCCUUCCUCAUAUCCACUGUAAAUAUGUUCUGUAAAUUCUAAUGGCAUUUAAAAUAGUGUAAUGUACAGAAUGUACGCAGUCAUGACUAUAGAAAUAUCCCAUCACUUAUUUUGCUUUGCUCUUACCUCUGCAUUGUAUAGUUGUAAAUAUCUUUUACUUUUUUUUAUUUUCAGCUUCUAAACACUCUUUAUUAGCUACACAGGGGUGAUUUAUACACACUAUUAACUUAUUCAUGCAAAACACGUGGGACUAAUGUGUGUUUGUGUGUGAGUUUUCCCAAGGACUAUCCGUUACAAGUGUCUUUCAAUUAUAGUUCAUUAUGCAAGAUAUUCUGUCAUUAACGAUCCACUCUCUGUUGUUGCCAUAGAUUUCCAUAACUAACUAACUAACUAACUAUAUAUAUAUAUAUAUA